CCCGGAGCACUCAAGAAUAUGACGCCGGCAAACAGGGGUCCCUCUGCCGGGGCGCCAUCAUGUUGACGAGCGCACUAAAUAAAGUAGACUGGCUAGUUUCCUUCCCCAGGUCAACCACAUCAUCGCACAUCCUCCUCCGUCUGAUGCGACCUCCUCACCUCCUACUUCAGGUCAACCUUUGCAGGCGCAGCCAACCUCAUUUCCGCUGCAUGUUGAAACGACUUGCUCGCAAUAUUUGAAGAUUCUCUUCCAGCAUGGGUUGAGGUUAUUCACACAACGUGCAGCGCUCCUUGACUUUCUCUCUCACACCUAAUAGCUCGACUGCUGGCAACAUGACGUUGUGGUCGAGCAUUCGCGAGUUCUCCUCGGGCACCCCGGCGACAUCCGCUUCCAAACCACCGAUCGGGUUGGGUUGGCGCUCGUCAACCUUUCUCAUUGUCCUCACUGUGAACCUUGCUAUUUUUACCGACAUAUUUUUCUAUGCCCUCAUCGUGCCCGUCAUUCCCUUUGCGCUGAGCUCUCGUGCCGGCGUGGCUGAAGACCAAGUCCAACAAUGGGUUGCAAUCCUGCUUGCCUGCUACAGCCUCGCCCUCUUCGUCGGUGCUCCUCUAGCCGGCAUGUAUGCGGACCACUCAUCGUCGCGGCGCUGGCCCCUGCUCAUUGGCCUCGUCAGCCUGGCGGCGUCCACCCUGCUGCUCGCUUUUGGCAACAGCAUCGCCCUUUUUGUCGUUGGUAGACUCCUGCAAGGGUUUAGCGCCGCGAUUGUCUGGAGUGUUGGCUGUGCCCUGCUCGUGGACACCAUGGAUACCGCUGUCGGCGUGGCUAUGGGUUACGUCAGCAUAUCCAUGAGCGUCGCUCUUCUCAUUGCUCCUGUCAUUGGCGGCGCGGUAUACGGCGCAGCUGGCUACUAUGCCGUGUAUUAUAUCUCCUUCGGGGUGAUCGGUCUCGACAUCCUUCUGCGUCUUGUCAUGAUUGAGAAGAAGGUCGCAAAGCAGUGGACACCGGAAGCAGCGCAGGGCACUCGACCCAGCAACAGCAACGACAGGGACGAGGAGAAGUUCGCGCAACCGCAGAAUGAGUCGCAUGUGGGAACCCGGGGCUUGGAUGAUGGCAUGCCGCCAGUGCUCGAUUCUGCUCCCUCGCCGCAACCCGAGCUCGCACCCCCGGAAAGGAAGCCAAGAAGUGCCUUAGUGAUUCUCAUCCGGUCCCGUAGGCUGCUGGCUGCUCUUUACGGAAUCACGGUCCAAGGAAGCAUCAUGAUGGGGUUCGACGCAGUGCUCGCCCUCUUCGUCCAAGACACAUUUGGGUGGAACUCGACCGCCGCAGGCGUCAUUUUCCUCGCCAUCUUCCUGCCGGGGUUCGUAUCGCCCUUUGUUGGCUGGCUAUCCGACCGCUACGGCGCCAAAUGGCCGUCCGUUUCGGGCUUCGUCAGCGCCGUGCCCAUCCUGGUGUGCCUGCGCUUUGUUACAGAGAACACCAUCGGCCAGAAGGCCCUCCUGGCGGUGCUCCUCGCGCUUCUAGGCACCGCGCUCGCCUUCUCGAAUACCCCGCUCAUGGCCGAGAUCUCCUACGCCAUCGAGGCUGAGGAGGUCGCCAACCCGGGUUGCUUUGGUGACAAGGGCGCUUUUGGGGUGGGUUAUGGUCUUUUCACCAUGGCGUUCGCGCUCGGCGGUGUCGUUGGCCCGCUCUGGGCGGGUUAUGUCGUCGCCUCUGCUGGCUGGGGGACCAUGGGCUGGAGCUUUGCCUUGUUUUCGGCGUCAGCGGCAGUGGUUGGGGUGUUGUGGCUCGGUGGGCCUAUCACGAAGACUGACGAAGAAGGGGAAGAAGCAGGAGGAGGGUAA